AUGUUGCGCAACGGGGUGUCCUCGCGCUUCGUUCUCGCCACCACCGCCGCCGCCCUGCUGGUGCUGCUCCUCUGCGGUCGCCACCUCAGCACAUUCUACGGGCCGGCCAUCCAGCGGCAGGGACACGAUGAGAGCUCGACGCUGAUUUCCCUAUUGCGUAUGCGUCUCCGUCUCGGUCCGGCCCGGACGAGCAGGACCAUGUCCCCAGCCGGCUCCGACUGGUCGAAGCCAUUGGACAUGCCGAAAAUCGUUGGCCUCGUCUUCUUCGGCCGCCGCCAAACCGUCUCCAUCCUGGAUUGCUAUCUUAAGCGCAACUUGGCCAAGAAUGGCGGCUUGCUCGAUAGCGUUAUUUGGCUCAAACGCACUACCGACCCGACUGAUCUUGCCUUGCUCGACAAGAUACUCGAGAGCGAAGCCGACUACGCCGCCCAAGACGUCGACCUGGACAACGGCGGCUACGGAAGCGCGUACGCAAACGUCGAGGACGAUAUCAUGUAUAUCAAGAUUGACGACGACAUUAUUUUUAUUGAGGAUGCAGCAAUUAGUUCUAUCGUCCAAACCAAGCUCGCCUACCCCGAUCACUUUCUCGUCUCGGCCAAUGUUAUUAACCAUCCCCUCCUCAGCUGGGUUCAUGCUAACCUUGGUGCCGUGAAGCCGUACCUACCGGAGUUGGACCGGGAGUACCUGGCGGGCGAGGAUGGCAGCAGUAUCGACUGGCGCCCCUCCCGUCUGCCAGCCUGGAAUGGGACCUUUGGGCCCGAGGUUGCAACGAGCUGGAAUUCGGCCCACCAGAGGAAGCACCGUUGGCUCCCAGUAACGACAGCGAGCGGCCAUGCCGACGAGCUGCUCGACAAGACGCCCAUUGCCCAGAAUCAGUACGACCCCUUCGGACGUGGUAUGUCCAUGUGGCAAAUGGGCGCACAGCAACACUAUAGCCUGCAGGAGAAUCUUGAGAAGAACGAGCUAUGGCGGUACAAAUUCCAGGUAUGGGAUUUUCAGUACCAGCGGGCAAGUAUACAGUUUAUUGCGAUAAUGGGCCGAGAUAUUAAUGCAGUAAAACCUAUUACCUGGGACGAUGAAGGCUACUUUACUGUAGAUAUGACCAAGAAGCUCGGACGACACGCUGUCGCCGACGGCAGGGGCGUUGUCGCCCACUACAGCUACGCGAACCAAGUGGCCGAGGCCGACAACGGAGGCAUGAAAACGACGGAUGUUUUGGAUAGGUAUCGCUCCUACGCAAGGGAAAACAUUUGCAUGGGCCCGAUGCUGUGGACACACGAGAUGGAGAAGUAG